AAGCCGCGAAUGUGAAUAUUGUAUUUCACAUUUUACUUGACAUUUUAUAAAUAAUAUCAAAUUUCUCUGAAUUUGUGUUCUUACGUAUUUAAAUCGUAUAUGAAUUUAACGUUUUACUACACCGUUCCAGUCAUACUUUUCAAAUGCAUUAGUGUUUACAUAUUGCGUUGUUUGUUUUCUAAUUUCUAAUUUACCCGUAGUCGGCAACAUGGUAAUAGAAAAAGUCCACGGUCUUCAGGCCACCACUAUGAGCUUGAACGAUCGGUUUACACUUCUAGCCUCAGUAACACCGAAUCGUGUUCCUAUGAGGCAACGAAGACGCCCAAGCGCGGCUUCAUACUUCGCUCAAAACCAGAACUUUAACUAUAAGAAUAAAAACUUCAUAGAGCAGAUAGCGCGCCGGUUGGAACAGCAAGCUAAAAGGCAGGCAAUCCAACAGCGUCUUGGUGGUUUACGAAGGUUUGGCAGUGAGAGCAGCCUGCCAGGGUUACGGCGCUCCAAUAGCUUUGGUAACCUCUCCCAAGCCAGUAUAAAGGACAGAGUCUCCUGGAGGCAGUCUAAUGGGAAUCUGAGUCGAUCAGCAUCAUUCAGCAACUUAGCAUCUGUGGGCGCGUGGAGGGGACUCCGGCGCCGCGGUGGACCCAACCGCAUGCUUCGCGGUCGUCUCAGGGGCGCUCGUCAGGGCGGGGGGCGCGCGUGGAGGCCUGGCCGGCCGCGACCGCAGCCCCUGCGACCUCCACGAGCCAACCGGGGCCGCGCCAGGGGCAGAGGAGGUGUAGUUAGGAAUCAAGUCCAAAAACCCGUCCCCACGAAAGAGGAGUUGGAUGCCCAACUAGACCAGUACAUGGCCGGCACCAAGUCAGCCCUGGACAAAGAACUUGACAAUUACAUGAAGAACGCCAUGGAAUUAGAAUAGUGAAUAUUGUGAUAUACUCAAAGUAUGCAUAAUAACUGAUCGAAGUAGGUAAAGUUUAUGAUCAUUGAUCUCAAACAUUGAUGUUGAUAUGGGUUCCCUCUGCACUCGCCCUCUAUCGUCCGGUUACAGUCAGUAAAGGCCAUCUGCGGCCAACAGCAUGUCGUGCUUCAAGUUAAAACUACUAAAGUUUUACACAGUUGCAGGCACAUCUAAAUAUUUUGAAAAGAAUUCCUCUUAAGAAUAAAGCGAUUGAUAUAUAAUAAAUUUAAUAGCAAUAAAUAUUAUAGAAUAAAAUAAUAUAAUACCU